AUGACUGAAGCAAAUCAAGAAAAGAAAAAGCCACAGCCAGUGCCAGACCCUCCAGACUGGUCAUUUGGAAGUAGUAAGAUAAGUAGUCCGAAUGCUCAGCCAACAAAUUCGCAAUCAAAUCAACCGAAUACUACAAAUAUGCAAGCCAAUAACUCAUCAUCUGGACCAGGUGCUAGUGGGUCAAAACCAUUUCAAGGUAGUCCAUUUGCAAAUAAGCCUACUACACAGGUAGCAAGUGGAAAUCCAUUUGGCGCAAAACCAGGUGGAACUCCAUUUUCUAAUCCAAGCGCAUUUGGAACCAAUAGAACAAAUCCAUUUGGUGCCACAACAACACAGGCAAACUCAUUUGGUACAAAAUCUUCAAAUCCAUUUGGUGGCCAAACAACACAAUUAAAUCCAUUUGCACAAAAAUCUUCAAAUCCAUUUGGUGGCCAAACGGGACAGUCAAAUACAACUGCUGCAAAAACGUCGACUCCAUUUGGCCAAGGAGCAAGUCCAUUUGGUCAAAAAGGUGGAAGCCCAUUCGGUAAGACAUCAUCAAACCCGUUCGGUAAACCAAAAGAAGCUCAAGCAAACCCACCAGCAGCAAACAACGCAGCUCCGCAAUCUACUGAAAAUAAACCUGCUGAAUCAGCACCUCAAACUGCCGCCCCUGCAGCAGAAACAAAGCAAGAAGCUGCUGCUCCCAGCGCAGAAACUAAGCCAGAAACUCCUGCACAGAACGCUGAAACAAAGCCAGCAGGAACAAGUCCAUUUGGAAGCAAAACUAAUACAACUGGAUCAAAUCCAUUUGGAUCAAAACCAUCUGGAUCAUCUCCAUUCGGAUCAAAACCUACUGCAAAUUCAUUUGCAGCAAAACCGUCAGGAGUUGCCAAUCCAUUUGGAUCAAAGACUUCAGAAACAGCUCAGUCAGGAGGAGCUUCUACUGCACCAAAACUAAAUACAUUAGGAGGAGCUGCAACUGCUAAUCCAUUUGGAACAAAAACAUCUGUAACAAGUCCAUUUGGAACAAAGAAUCAAGGAGCAAGUCCAUUUGGAACAAAGACUCAAGGAGCAAGUCCAUUUGGAACAAAGACUCAAGGAGCAAGUCCAUUUGGAACAAAGACUCAAGGAGCAAGUCCAUUUGGAACAAAGACUCAAGGAGAAAGUCCAUCUGGAAGUGGUUCAAAUACGAGUAAUCCAUCUGCACCUAAAAAGUAUGGUCAUCUUAUCGAAAAAAUUGAAAAUGGCGAUCCAGAAGUAGAAAGGAAAAAGGAAGAAGAGAAGAAGAAGAAACAAGAAGAGCUUAAGAAGCAAGAAGAAGAAGAAAAGAAGAAACGGGAAGAAGCUAAAAAGAAAGAAGAAGAGGAAGAAGAAGAGGAAAAGAAAGAAGAACCAAAAUCACCAACUUUAUCUCCAAAACCAGCUUCUCCUUUGAAUUCUGGAGAAAAAUCUCCAACAGCAAAACCAGAAGAAGCUAAAAAGGAAGAAGAAGCCAAAACUGAAGAAACUAAACCAGAAGAAGCAAAGACAGAACAAAAGGAAGAAGAAACAAAACAAGAAGAGAAAGUUGAAGAAGAAGAAAAACCAGAGCCUCCAAAACCAACAUCAAUAAUGUUACAACAGGAUAUUUCUUUGUUACUUGGAAUUAUGCAAAAUACUCCAAGAUUCGAGUUCAAAACAACGUUAAAUGAUAAUGAUGAAGGUUUCACAAUUGACGAUGAUGUCCAAACGAAACCAACAAUUUCUAACCUUGAAAAACUUAUUAAAGACUUACCAAGUGAAAACAAAGACAGCGUUUGGGAUAAAGAAAACAAAUUCCAAUCAGUUGACAAAUUAGAUAUUGAUAAUGGAAUCAAAAACUCACAAGAAAUUCAAAAAUCAGUCAGCCAAAUGUUGGAUACACUUGAAAAGAAGGCAAACGAAGUCAUUGAAGAACACAAGACAAAUAAAUCAAAGAAUCUUCUUGAAAGCUUGAAGAAGAAAGCAGAAGUAUUAAAGAGAAGAUCCCAGAAAUUCGGUGUCUCUUCAUCAGAAGUCGGAAAAAUGGUUGUAUAUUGUUCAACACAUGGCCAAGAAAUCACUGACAAUGUUAUCAAAGAACUUGGAGAACAAACAGUUCCUCAGAAGCGUAUGCUCGCACAAGGAGGCGCAAGUCCACUCAAAUUACAGAGCAAACCAGCGGAAACAGAGAGAAAAUCAUCAUUAUUAACACCUCAGAAGAACGAAGAAGCAACUUCAAACGAAACACCAGAAAAAAGCACUCCAAAACCAGGAAUUGGUACGGGAUUUCUUAAUAAAGCUCCUUCCUUUGGAGCCAAGAAAGAAGCUUCAAAGGAAGAAGGAACUGCACCAGCAGCUAAACCAGCAGCUCCUCCACUUGGUUCAUUCACUAAUAAAGCUCCUGAUGCUUCUAAGUUCCCAACACCAGGUGCUCCUAAACCUCUUUCAACAGGUUUGACAGCAGGAAAAUCAUCUCUUUCUGGUGGAUUAACUGGAUCCAAACCAUUUGGAACAGGUGCUAAAACUAGUUUCGGUCUGAAUAAAGAUAAACCAGCAGAAACUCAUAAGGAAGAGUCAAAAGAAGAAUCACCUGCACCAGCAGCUAAAACAGCCGCUCCUCCAAUGACUUCAUUCACAAGUAAAGCUCCAGAUGCUUCUAAAUUCGCAAUGCCGGGUGCUUCCAAACCUCUUUCAACAAGUUUGACAGCAGGAAAACCAUCUCUUACGGGUGCUAAAAUUGGUUUUAAUCUGAAUAAAGAUAAACCAGCAGAAUCUCCAAAGGAAGAAACGAAAGAAGAAGAGAAACCUAAAGAAGAAUCACCUGCACCAGCAGCUAAAGCAGCAGUUCCUCCAAUGACUUCAUUCACGAGUAAAGCUCCAGAUGCAUCAAAGUUUGCAACAAUUGGUUCGUCAUUGUCCAAACCAGGUUCUUCGACUGGAUCAUCAUCAGCAAAACCUUCUCCAUUUGGAACUAAUCUAAAUAAAUCAUCUCUAUUUGGAGCAGCCAAAACUGGUACUGGAAUUACAAAACCAGCUGAAGCACCAAAAGAAGAAGCUCCAAAGGAAGAAAAAUCGAAAGAACAGCAAGAACAAGAAGAUGCAAAGCCUGUUAAAGCAGCUGUUAAUACAUCAGCCGCUCCACCUCUUGGUUCAUUCACAAGCAAACCACCUGAUGCAUCUAAAUUUGCUUCACCUGGUUCAUCAUCUGCUUCAUCAACUGAAUCUAAGUCAUCAUUUUCUAUAAAACCAUCUCCAUUUGGAACAGCUGCAAAGGCAAGUCCAUUUGCAGCUAAACCUCCUGGAACCAAUGGAUUUUCAAGCUUCAAUAAACCAACAGAAGCACCAAAAGAAGGAACAAAUGCACAGAAUCCUUCAACACCAGAAAAAGCAUCAGCUCCACCUCUUGGUUCAUUCACAAGCAAGGCACCUGAUGCAUCUAAAUUUGCUUCACCUGGUUCAUCAACUGAAUCUAAAUCUCCAUUUGGAACAGCUGCAAAAGCAAGUCCAUUUACAGCUAAACUUUCUGGAACCAAUGGAUUUUCAAGCUUCAAAAAACAAGCAGAAGCACCAAAAGAAGGAACAAAUGCACAGCAAGCAUCAUCAACAGAAUCUAAGCCAGCUUCACCGUUUGCAAUGAAAACUAGUGGAUUUGGAACUAAACCUUUUGGAUCUGGAUUUUCAAUUCAAGUAAAACCAGCAGAUGGAUCAGCCAAGGCAUGGGCAUCAGCUAAGCCUGGUCAAUCAGGAUUCCCUAAAAAGAAUUAA